GAUGGCCGCGGUACGACAUCUUACAGUCAACCAGAGGCGGGGUCACAGUUCACCAUGGCAGGGCACUAUCAGGUGACGGCGAGCCGCUGUGUGCCUCUGUAGGCGCUGCAAAGUCAAGCGAAAGGAACUGCGACCGUCAUGAGUGAAAGCAAGGAAAAGCUUGAAGAUGAGGACGACGAAGAGGAUAUCCUAAUGAGUGACGAUGACGACGACCUAGACGCCUUCACCGAUGGAGACGCCGACAGCAGUUGCGAAGACGGCGUUUUAGGGUUCAGCGAUCCUUUUAGCGCUGAAGUAAAGCCAAGAAUCUUGUUGAUGGGCCUGCGGCGAAGUGGCAAGUCCUCCAUUCAGAAAGUAGUUUUUCACAAGAUGUCACCCAAUGAAACUCUUUUCCUGGAGAGUACCAAUAAGAUCUGCAGAGAAGACGUCUCUAACAGUUCAUUUGUCAACUUUCAAAUCUGGGACUUUCCAGGGCAGAUUGAUUUCUUUGAUCCAACUUUUGACUAUGAGAUGAUCUUCAGAGGCACUGGGGCUCUUAUAUUUGUCAUCGAUUCUCAGGAUGAUUAUGUGGAAGCUUUAAACAGACUUCACUUGACAGUAACUCGGGCAUAUAAGGUGAAUCCAGACAUCAACUUCGAAGUUUUCAUUCACAAAGUAGAUGGACUAUCAGACGACCAUAAAAUUGAAAAACAGAGGGACAUCCAUAAGCGAGCCAAUGAUGAUCUUGCAGAUUCACUGGAAAGAAUCCAUCUAAGCUUUUAUCUGACAAGUAUAUAUGACCACUCUAUAUUUGAAGCCUUCAGCAAGGUUGUACAAAAGCUUAUACCUCAGCUUCCAACGUUGGAGAACUUACUUAACAUCUUUAUAUCUAAUUCUAGGAUAGAGAAGGCAUUCCUUUUUGAUGUUGUCAGUAAAAUUUACAUUGCAACAGACAGCACACCAGUGGACAUGCAGACCUAUGAACUGUGCUGUGAUGUGAUAGAUGUGGUCAUUGAUAUCUCCUGCAUAUAUGGAUUGUCAGGUGAUGAAUGUGGCACUCCUUAUGACAAAGAAUCCAUGGCAAUUAUUAGGCUGAACAACACAACAGUUAUGUAUUUGAAAGAAGUCACUAAAUUCCUUGCUUUAGUGUGUUUCCUCAGGGAGGAAAGCUUUGAAAGAAAAGGAUUGAUAGAUUACAACUUUCACUGUUUCCGUAAGGCAAUUCAGGAAGUAUUUGAAGUCAGGAUGAAAGUUCUGCGAUCUCGGAAACUACUUAGUCAGAGAAGACGGAGCAGACAAGCAACUCAAAAUGGAAUACCCUGACAGCAGUUGAACUACAGCUUCUGAGUGGCAAACUCUUUCCCUCUGUGUGACUGUUGCACUGACAUAUGGCUUCUUUCCUUCAUCUUUAAUACCAAAUACAUGGUGGGUCAAAGUAAUAAAAACUUUAGUGUUUCUAGUUUGAGUUCUCCUUCACACCUCUUCCUCGUAUGUUUGUUGCUAAAAGUAGUUAAGAUCUAGACAAUGACUCAGGAAUAAGAAAACUAUAUAUAAAUAUAUAUAUAUAUAUAUACAUAUAUAUAUACAUGUAUAUAUA